AUGGAAUCCCCUGAUCCUGUUAUGGAUUCAUUUAUUCCAAAUUUUUUGGGUAAUAGUGCAACAUUAGAGAAUAUUAAUUUGACUGGAUUGUUAUCACAGUUUGAUGUCACUACAAUUGAACUUUCUACACAAAUGUAUCCAACAAUAGCUUAUGCAAGAGUAGUACUUUUGGGUUUACUUGUUAAUCUGAAUUUAUCUAAAUAA